AUGGGGAAAACAGUACUGGUUUUACUUCAUGGAGAAGAGAGAGUUGCUGGUGAAGCAGCCAUUAAUAAAGGACCUGACCAUCCCAACGCUCAAAGCCAUAGCUCAUCCAGAAAGCUACUUCAGUCAGAUGAUGAUGGAGGAGACAUGAACAGCAUUGGCUCGUCGUGCUCGAAGGCCGACAUCGUGAUCUCCCAAGGGCCGACCUCUCCGUUGCCCCAGGGCAUCCCGAUCUUCACCGUCCAGAUCCUGAACGUGUGCACCUCCGACUGCUCUAUCUCCAACAUCCACGUCAGCUGCGGCUGGUUCAGCUCUGUCCGCCUCGUCAACCCCAGGGUCUUCCGGCGGGUCUACUACGACGACUGCCUUGUCAAUGACGGCAAUUCCCUUGGCCCGGGGCAGAGCCUCUCCUUCCAGUACUCCAACAGCUUCCAGUACCCGCUGUCCGUCUCGUCUGCCGAGUGCGAGUGA